ACAUUCAUUUUGUCACGUCACGGCUGCGCCCUGGAGAAAGAGGACCCAGUUCACGACACGUGUUGUGUACAGCGACUGGUGUCUCAUGUGUUUUGUUUUUUUGGCAUAUUGAUAAUUAAAUCUGGUUGGUUUUUUUGCGACCAUGAGUUCUCAAAUAACAUGUGUUGGAUGGGUAAAACGCGGAGUUUCUAAGGAAACGCCAGAGAAGGUGGAGUUGAGCAAAGAAGAACUGCAACGUAUCAUCUCUGAAGCGAAGGAGGAACUGGGAGGGCCCGGCGACGUUGGCGACGGUGAGGAAGAUGACGAGGGGAUGGGCAGUGGUCCAGAAACGGGUGAGGAGGCGGAGCCUGCGCCGGGGGAUGACAACGGGGAGAAAGACGAGCUGGCGGAAUACGAACUGGACAAAUACGACGAAGAGGAUAUAGUCACAGCAAACUUGGGGGAUGGUCUGGCGGGGCUCACGGUCUACAGCACCAAUGAGGAGGACCCCUACAUCACCAUAAAGGACACGGACCAGUACGAGAGGGAGGACUUUCAGAUCAAGCCCAGCGACAACCUCAUCAUCUCGGGCCGGGCAGAGAAGGACUGCUGUAACCUGGAAAUAUACGUGUACAACGCGGAAGAGGACUCUCUCUACGUGCACCACGACAUCCUCCUCCCCGCCUACCCUUUGUGCGUGGAGUGGCUGAACUUUGACCCCAGCCCUGAGGAAAGACAAGGAAAUUUUGCUGCCGUUGGCAACAUGACCCCGAAGAUCGACGUAUGGGAUCUGGACGUGGUGGACUGCUUAGAGCCUGUCUUCUCCCUUGGUAGCAGCAAAACCAAGAAGAAGAAGAAAGGCAAGAAGGCAGCUGCAGCAGAGCCAGUGGAGGGCCACUCAGACGCAGUUUUAGAUGUGUCCUGGAAUAAGCUGGUCCGAAACGUGCUGGCCAGUGGGUCCGCGGACAGCACAGUGAUCCUCUGGGACCUGGUGCAGGGCAAGCCCGCCUCUACGCUGACACGGCACACCGACAAGGUGCAGACGCUGAAGUUCCACCCCUUUGAAGCACAGACUCUCAUCUCUGGAUCCUACGAUAAGUCUGCUGUGCUGUAUGACUGCCGCAGUCCUCAGGACGGCCAUCGCACCUGGAGAUUCAGCGGUCAGGUGGAGCGCCUCACCUGGAACCACUUCUCCCCCUGCAACUUCCUGGCCAGCACGGAGGACGGCUUUGUGUACUGCCUGGACGCCCGCUCUGACAAGCCUGUCUUCACGCUCCGAGCCCACGACGGGGAGGUGUCGGGGCUGGACCUCAGCAGCCAGGUGAAAGGCUGCCUGGUCACCGCCUCUGAAGACAAACAUGUGAAGAUCUGGGACAUUCUGGGGAACAAGCCCAGCCUCGUCCACAGCCGGGACAUGAAGAUGGGGGUGCUGUUCUGUACGUCCUGCUGUCCUGACUUGCCCUUCGUGUAUGCUUUCGGAGGCCAGAAAGACGGACUCCGUGUCUGGGACAUCAGUGACGUAGCGGCAGUUUCCUCGACGUUUGGGAGUCGGGAGCGGUUGGUGGUGAACACACAAGCCACAGCCGGAACAAGCACCAGCACAGCCACUGAGAUGGAACUCUCCUAGUGUAAUCCCAUCUAACAGUGGUAAACCCCACCCUUCAAAUGGAACAGUCCUUACCCCCCUGGAAAUGGAGUUGGACAGUUUGGUCUCAUGUUGGGUACAAACUAUGUCCAUUAUUUGGAGUCCUACACAUUUGUAGGACUGUGUGCGGACCUACCCAAACAAACUGGCAAAUACCCUUUGAAAGAUCCAGUUGUCAGAGUGAAACCAGUCACUGAAGAUGCAUUUACUAUCUACUGCUACUACUGCUGAAAAGUACAGAGUAACUUGUACUUUUCUAAAUAUUAUAUUGUAGGAGAAAGUUUAAAAGAUAACUCCACAUGUAUAGAUCCUCCUGAUAAAAGGCAAAAUGUUAUCCUCCUGUAUUUUUUUAAUGUAAUUGAUCGUAGGUGUGAAUUUAUGGUGGAUUAAGUUACAUCUAAUGUCAAAAUUGUUACUAUACAGUUCAAUGGCAUCUGCCCUCAAGUGACUAUUAUGAAUAAGUGGCGUGUCCUCUGAGACGCGCUUUAUAGAGGAGUGAGAUGUAAUUUAAACAUCAGUGCCGUUUUGGAGCCCUCUUGUGGCCAUUAAUAAAAAUUACAAAAAUGCUGUGUA